CCUGUGUAGCUGCAGGGAGGUUGGUGGUGGCUCGGCCUGGUCGUUGUGCCUUCUGCUGACUGUAGGCCCUUUAGAAGGAGCACUGCUCACGUCUGAAUCAGGAAAUGGAACAAGUGACCUUUGAGGAUGUGGCUGUGAACUUCACCUUAGGAGAGUGGGCUUUGUUGGAUUCUUAUCAAAAGGAGCUCUACAGAGAUGUGAUGAAGGAAACCUUUAGCAACCUGAUCUCCGUAGGGAAAACUGAGGAAGAAAAUAUUGAAGAUUACCAAAAUAUUAGGGGAAAUCUGAGCACUCUCAUGGUUGAAGGAUUCUAUGAAUUUGAACGUGGUAUUCAGUAUAGAGAAACACACCAACAGAUUCAAGAGCAUAAGUACAUGCCUCCUGGAAUAGUAGUAUAUGAAAACAGUGCGUAUGAAAAUGAUGUCAUUGCUCUUUCACAGUCAGAGGAGCGCCUCAGAGUUCUAACUGUAGAGAAGCCGUUUGAGUAUCAGAAAUGUAUGGAAAAGCUUAUUAAGCAUAAGAAAUGUUGGAAAGAUUUUGCGUAUUCUGAGUCCUUUCUUACUCAUGAGAAUCCUUUGAGAGAGAAACCCUAUGGAAAUAACCGAUCUAAUGACCCCCACAGGAGUCUCACUUCUGAUCAAGAUUAUGAGUCAACACCUACUGGAGAUAAUCUCCAUGGAUACAAGCAACUUGAAACCACUCUCAUGACAUGCAAUUAUGUCCAGUCACAUGAAAGAAUCCAAGCUGGAGAAAAACCAUUUAUGUGUAAGCAAUGUGGAGAAGCCUUUGUUAAUUCCAGUCACCUUAUCAAACAUUAUAAAAUUCAUACUAGAGAGAAGACUUUUGCAUGUAAAUAUUGUGGGAAAGCUUUCAUUCAUCCAAGGGCCUGUUAUAACCAUGAACGAACUCACACUGGAGACAGACCUUAUGUAUGUAAACAAUGUGGGAAAGCAUGUAUUCAUUCUUACCAUCUUCUCCAACAUGAAAGAAGCCACACCCGAGAAAAACUUUAUGCAUGUAAGCAGUGUGGGAAAGUAUUCGGACGUUCUUCAUACCUUCGAAAACAUGAAAGAAUUCACACUGGAGAGAAACCUUAUUUAUGUAAGCACUGUGGGAAAGCUUUCAGUGAUCCCACAACCCGUAACAAUCAUGAGAGAACUCACACUGGAGAGAAGCACUAUAUUUGUAAGCAGUGUGGGAAAGCCUUCAUUCGUUCCUCUCAGCUUCUGAUCCAUGAGAGAAUUCACACUGGAGAGAAACCUUACUCCUGUAAACAUUGUGGAAAAGCCUUCACCUAUUCCAGUGCUUGUUACAUUCACGAGAGAAUUCACACUGGAGAGAAACCCUAUGUUUGUAAGCAGUGUGGGAAAGCAUUUACAUGUUCCACAUACCUUCACAAACAUGAAAGAAUUCACACUGGAGAGAAACCUUACUCAUGUAAGCAGUGUGGGAAAGCCUUUAUCCAACAUAGGGCUUGUUACAAUCAUGAAAGGAUUCACACUGGAGAGAAACCUUAUGUGUGUGUACAAUGUGGGCAUGCUUUCACUUUUUCAAAAUCCCUUCAAAUACAUGAAAGAAACCACACUGGAGAGAAACCAUAUGUAUGUAAGCAAUGUGGGAAAGCCUUCACAUGUUCUACAUAUCUUCACCAACAUGAAAGAACUCACAGUGAGAAGAAAGCCAGUGGAUAGAACUUCUACCAAUGUAAUCAUUUGAGAGUCUUUGUAUCCAGCUUGCUGUUAUUGGAAAGAAGAAAG